AGGAAGGAGGAAGUGUUUUCGGAAGUGGACACACGGAAGGAAUCGAAGGGAUAAGGGCGGAGGAGAGGGCGCUACCAGGGGGGGGGGAGAAACGGAACGGAACGGAACUAAAUGAAUUAGUGUUUAUAUAUUUUUUAACCCCCCCCCACACACACACCACAUCGUGACUUUUAGCGGCGGGGCUACGCAGAUAUAUCCUCGCUAACGCCAACAUCGCAGGGACUCCACAGCCGUCUCCUCGGGAAGGGCUAGCGGCCGUAAGGUGACUUCCCCCGUUGGCUCCGAUCGUAGCACAAGAGGAGAGCACCCUGUCCUGAAGAGCUGGUCUGAGGCGGGUGGGCAGGUCUGGUGACGGGGAGCGAGCUGCGUGGGGGCCAUGCAUCAGGGGUGAAGGACACAUAUAUACACACACACACAGUCGGGUGAGGAGAUGAAGCUCAAGCAGCGCAUGGUGGUCCUGUGUGCCGUGCUCCUCCUGCUGGGCCUGGCCAAGAUCUUCCUGCUGGAUGGCGGCGAGGGCUCGGCGGCCAGCCGGAGGGACCUCAGAGCGUUUCGCAAGAUGGAAGCUGGCCUCUCUCUGUCGCGGGGAGCCCGCCUCACGCACACCCUCCAGUCCCCGUGGGAGAUCGCCAGCCAGUGGGUGGGUCCCAGAGAGGUGUACCCGGAGGAGACCCCCGAGCUGGCGGCCGUGCUCACCGCCCUCAGCAGCGCCCGGAUAGAGCGGGCGGACGUCGGCUACAAGGGCACGCAGCUCAAGGCCCUGCUGGUGCUGGACGGGGGGCAGAAGGUGGUCUUCAAGCCCAAGAGGUACAACAGAGACUACGUGGUCGAAGGCGAGCCGUACGCAGGCUACGACCGGCACAACGCGGAGGUGGCCGCUUUCCACCUGGACAGGAUCCUGGGCUUCAGGAGGGCGCCCCUAGUGGUCGGGAGGAAUGUCAACGUGCGCACGGAGAUCAAACCCGUGGCCACAGACCAGCUGCUGGGCACCUUCCUCAUGCAGGGUAACAACACGUGCUUCUACGGGAAGUGUUACUACUGUCGGGAGAGCGAGCCGGCGUGUGCGGAGGGCGAGAUCAUGGAGGGGUCGCUGACCCUUUGGCUGCCGGACGUCUGGCCGCUGCAGAAGCACCGACACCCCUGGGGCCGCACGUACCGGGAGGGGAAGCUGGCCAGGUGGGAGUACGACGAGAGCUACUGCGAGGCGGUGAAGAAGAUGCCUCCGUACGACGCCGGGCCGAGGCUGCUGGACGUCAUCGACACGGCCAUAUUCGAUUACCUCAUCGGGAACGCCGAUCGGCAUCACUACGAGAGCUUCCAGGACGACGGCGGCGCCAGCAUGCUCAUCCUGCUGGACAACGCCAAGAGCUUUGGGAACGCAGCUCUGGACGAGCGAAGCAUCCUCGCCCCGCUCUACCAGUGCUGCAUGGUCCGCGUGUCCACGUGGAACCGGCUCAACCUGCUGAAGAGCGGCGCCCUGAGCUCCGCCGUGCGCCAGGCCCUGGCCUUCGACCCCAUCCGCCCGGCGCUGGCCGAGCCGCACCUCGCGGCCCUGGACCGCCGUCUGUCGGGAGUCAUGGCGACCGUGAAGCAGUGCAUGGAGGCGCAGAGCCCCGACAACACUCUCAUCGAGGACCGGAUGAACCUCCCGCACCCGUAGGAACCAGGGACCGGAGCAGACAGCCGGGACCCCCCCUCCCCUCUCUCCUCCGGGGCGUCGGGAGGUAAAGAGACGAGUAAAGUUUGACUCAACGAUAUAGAAACUUCCCUCAGGACUGUUGUGCACAACGGGACGCCGUCUGCUUUCUCUCGCUCGUGCCAAAUUCUCCGUUCCCGUCCAGCUCCUCCUCCCGGCCCGAGGAGGCCGGAUGGAGCUCGGGAGAGAGAGAGAUGCGGAAAACUCAAAAAAGGGAGGAGGAGGAGGAGGAGGAGGAGGAGGAGAAAAAUGAGCCUCCGGCGUCUCGGUGAAAAGAUGGCCGCCGGCUGUUUGGAGCCUCAGAGUCCAAGAAGCUGAAGACUUCCGGUCGAAGGAAGUUCAGGAACUUUAAAUCCAUUUGAGGAGAAUUCUGACUCCUCCUCCUUCGUUUGUGUACAUACUUAAACUAAGUAGUGACCUAGAAUUAUGAGACAAGAGAAUAUACAUCUGUGGAUUAUGAUAUUAAAUAAAUGUGUGUGUGCGAGCGCGCGCGUGUGUGUGUGUGGAAGAGUGCCAUAUUAUGCCGUGAAUAAGAAAAGCUACUGACGUGACGGACUUGAGUGUGUGUGGGUUCAUCUUCUGCAUUAAACUAUGAUCUAUUUAA